CAGCACCACGGGGGCAGAGACGCCGUGUUUUCUUCCCCCUCUUCCCUCUCAUCCGCCGGCGCUCUUUCGACUCCGUUCCGGUUUGGCACAGACCGGUUGGACCGAAGGGUCUUUCUCCGCGCUGUCUGACUCUGCGGCGAUUUUAACCCGAGGGUCGCCACACCUCGGGGGAGGGGAAGAGUCCUUGGUGGGACGUUGUCCUCUGCCCGUUCGAGUGUGGCUGGGAGGAGCCCCUUUGGGGUUCGGCGCUCACCGAAGCGCUGGUUUCUGGGACCUGGGUUGAGAAGGAGCUGGGGACCUUGACCAGGAAAGUGAAGCCACACCAGAUGAAGAGCUGACGGUGACGGGGGGGUGGGGUGGGGGCGGUCAGAGCACCGUUGACCCGCGGCAGGCGGCUGCACCAGCGCGAGAAGCCAUCGCCGGGCACGGUCCCAGCCCGCCCGGCCCCUGGCCAUGGAGAAGCCCUGGAAGUGCGGCGACUGCGGCAAGGGCUUCAGCUACCCGUCGCUGCUGGAGAUCCACCGGCGCAGCCACACCGGGGAGCGGCCAUUCACCUGCGGCGCCUGCGGCAAGGGCUUCAGCCAGUCCUCCCACCUGCUGACCCACCAGCGGGUCCACGCCGGGGAGCGGCUGCCGGACGGCGAGGCCGGAGGUCCGGACGAGCCGCCCCAGGCUGAGAGCCAGUUCUGCUGCUCCCACUGCGGCAAGGUGUUCAGGCGCUCGCAGAACCUGGUCGAGCACGAGCGCACGCACACGGGCGAGCGGCCGUUCGUCUGCUCGGCCUGCGGCAAGGGCUUCACCCGGUCCUCGCACCUGGCCACCCACCGGCUGGUGCACACCGACCGGCGGCCCUUCCGGUGCUCCCAGUGCGAGAAGAGCUACAAGACCACCAGCGACCUGCUGAUCCACCAGCGGGUCCACAACGAGGAGCGGCCCUUCCGCUGCGCCGCCUGCGGGAAAGGGUUCACCCUGCUGUCCAGCCUCCAGAAGCACCAGCGCUCGCACACCGGCGAGCGGCCCUUCUCCUGCCCGCUGUGCGGCAAGUCCUUCAUCUACCUGACCAGCCUCAGCUCGCACCAGCUCGUCCACUCGGACCGGCGGCCCUUCCGGUGCCCGGAGUGCGGCAAGGGCUUCAAGACCACCAGCGACCUGCUGCGGCACCAGCGGGUGCACACCGGCGAGAAGCCCUUCGCCUGCGCCGACUGCGGCAAGCGCUUCACCCGCUCGUCCCACCUGCUGGCCCACCGCCACACCCACACCGGGGAGCGGCCCUUCGCCUGCCCGGAGUGCGGCCGGGGCUUCGCCCACUCCGCCCACCUGCUGCGGCACCGGCAGCUCCACAGGCAGGGGCCGGGCCCCGGCCUGGCACCCCCUGCCCGUCCUGCCCAGGACUGAGCCCGGGCAAGAAGAGAAAGCAGAACAGAUUCAACCUGAUGAUUUACUGGACCCCUCCACCCUUCCCUCAUCUACUCUUAGCCCAUCUACAAACCGAUGGAAGGGAUCAGCAAUAGCGCUACCUAGCUGUAUGUCGUAACGGAGGGAUGCGCUCUUGACGUCUUUAUGGCCCCCGUCCAAGCCCGGACAAAAGGGCUGCACUCCCGUGGUUUGCCAAGUGACCGCCUUAGCCCCAGGGCGAGGACUCUGAGCAAAACCAGAGUGAAUGGAAUUCCGAGCGGUGGGUGGGGAGGAGGGGGCAGAAGAAAACACUCCACUGGAGUUGAAGUCGCACCUGACAACGUAGGCAGAUGGGCGUGGUUGCUGGAGGUCAGUCAAGCUCAACUCCAGGACAUCUCCGCAGGGGUUCCUCGGGGUCAUAGAGUCAUGGAGACGGACAGCGCGGAAACAGACCCUUCGGUCUCACCCGUCCAUGCCAACCCAAUCUAGUCCCACCUGCCAGCACCCGGCCCAUAUCCCUCCAAACCCUUCCUACUCAUGUACCCAUCCAAAUGCCUCUCAAAUGUUACAAUUGUACCAGCCUCCACCACUUCCUGUGGCAGCUCAUUCCAUACACGUACCACCCUCUGCGUGAAAAAGUUGCCCCUUAGGUCUCUCUUACAUCUUUCCCCUCUUACCCCAAACCUCUAGUUCUGGACUCCCCGACCCCAGGGAAAAGUCUUUGUCUAUUUAUCCUGUCCAUGCCCCCUCAUAAUUUUGUAAACCUCUAUAAGGUCGCCCCCUCAGCCUCCGACGCUCCGGGGAAAACAGUCCCAGCCUGUCCAGCCUCUCCCUGUAGCUCAAACCCUCCAACAUCCUUGUAACUCUUUUCUGAAUCCUUCCACAACAUCUUUCCGAUAGGAAGGAGACCAGACGUUCCAAUAGUGGACCUAACCAAUGUCCUGUGCAGCCGCAACGCAACCUUCCAACUCCUGUGCUCAGUACUCUGACCGGUAAAGGAAAGCAUACCAAACGCCUCCUUCACUAUCCUAUCCACCUGCGACUCCACUUUCAAGAAGCCCCAGGCCCGACCAUCCUCAACUGCUUCACUGCUGACCUUCCCACCAUCAGAAGGUUCGAAGUGGGGAUUUGACUGCACAAUGUUCAGCACCAUUCUUGAAUCCUGAAGUGGUUGUGUGUAACGUCUUUAGCUUGAGCAGAUAAUUGCAAAAUAAACAUUCUCACCACACAAAAUGCGGGCAGUUGGCCGUCAUCAAUAAGCGAGAAUCUAACCAGCAUCGCUUGAUGUUUAAUGGCGUUUCUAUCGCUGAAUUCCCCCUCCCCCACUACCAACGUCCUGGGGUUUACCAUUGACCAGAACCUGAAAUGGGCCAUCUCCAAUAAGAGAGAAUCUAACUACUCCCCCUUGAUGUUCAAUGGUGUUACCGUCACUGAACCCUCACACUAUCCAACAUCCAGGGGGUUCCCAUUCAGAGAGAAUCUAACUACUGCUCCUUGAUGUUCAAUGGUGUUACCGUCACUGAACCCUCACACUAUCCACCAUCCAGGGGGUUCCCAUUCAGAGAGAAUCUAACUACUGCUCCUUGAUGUUCAAUGGUGUUACCGUCACUGAACCCUCACACUAUCCACCAUCCUGGGGGUUCCCAUUCAGAGAGAAUCUAACUACUGCUCCUUGAUGUUCAAUGGCGUUACCGUCACUGAAUCCCCCUUCCCCCCUCCAACUAUCAACAUCCUGGGGGUUACCAUUGACCAGAAACUGAACACGGACCAGCCCCACAUAAACACACAGCGGCUACAAGAGCAGGUCCGAGGCUGGGAAUCCUGCAGCGAGUCGCUCCCCUCCUGACUCUUGACCCCUCCCCCCCCCCCCCCCCAAAAAACCCUGUCACACCAUCGACAAAGCACAAGUCAGGAGGGUGAGGGAAUACUCCCCAUUUGCCCUGGACGUGUGCAGCUCUGACAACAAAGCUCGACACCAUCCAGGGACAAAGCAGCUCCCCCCCCCUCCCCCUCCCACUUUGAUUGGACCCCAUCACCUAUCCACCUUCACCACUGACACACAGUGGUAGCAGUGUGUACCAUCCACAAUAGGCACUGUGUAACUCAGCAAGGCCUAUUUGGCUUCACCCUUAAGUGCUGGGGUGAAGGAUUGGGGCACUAAGUAGACGGGAAUGCCAAUCCCUGCGAAUCUCCCUCCCAGCCACGUCCCGUCCCGAUUUGGAAAUAUGUCAGCUGUUCCCUCAGUGUUGCUGGUUCAGAAUCCUGGAAUUCCCUCCCUAAGGGAUAUUGUGAGUCUACCUUCAGCACCUGGCUAAGGAGGCAGUUCACCCCCAUCUUCUCAAGGAGGGGCGGUUCAAUAACUGCUGGGCCCAGCCAGAUUCCAGGGAUUAACUUAUUAAAAGGACCUGGUACUACGAAAGCAUCAGCGGGUUGCUUGAUACUCGGUUCCCCCGUCUCCUGAGAGACGGACAGCCAACUUCCAUGUCCGUUAGAUAGACCUGCACUGCAAACAGUGUGAAAAGACACUCGCUUCUUCGUUCCAAGGCUGGAGCUCGGGUCAGGUUUAAUCUCCGUUCGAGCGAUCUCGCCCUGGCGUGAAACUAGUGGAAGAAACCGGAGUGGCCCUUGUGCUGAGGAGGUAUUGGCAAGUAAGGAGAACAAGGGAGUGCGGUACCCACAGUCUCAAGACGGAAAAUAAGCCUUCAUCUCUGGAAAGAAUUGGACCUGGAGAUACUCGGUCUCCAAAGACUGCAGCAGGCACAAGGGUUAUCCCUGCAGAAAGUAAAUAAUUUGUAGCGGUCGACGUGUUUUGUAAGAAAAUGUUUGGGGAAAGUAAGGAGUAAA